UCAAUUUGGAAUUUCUAAAAUACAUAUCGAUCUACCUAUGUACCGUCACACCUUUGACAUUUUUCAAAUAUUGGAUAGUUCGCUCGUGGAGGAGCAUCGUCGUUCUAAAAAUAACAGGAAAAAAGAAAAAAACCAACGAUUCUCCUUUUUUGCGCUGCGUAAUAAAUAAAAAGCGUGGUCCGUUCACCCACGUAUCACCUGGAUGAGUUUCUUCUAGCAUAAAUUUCUUCUAAAUGAAAUCAAGAUAGACCUUAGACAUGAAUGUAUGUUCGAAUAAUUCCUAUUUCGAACUUUCCGGAAGUGUCGAUAUGGGUCACGGUGAAACGUUUCUCGGUAUGCCUAUUGCUCUCGCGCGUGCACCUUCGGAAAUCUGGAGCGAUCAUGUAAUCGUAGCGAUUGAUGAAAUCGUUAUAACCAACGAUACGUUUCGCUUUCGGACGAGACAAUCGUUCAAAUAUAUAAAAUAUAUUGACGAGAUUUUAAUAGCUUGUCGAAUAAUAUCUACGUUUAAUAACGCAAACGUAUAAAACAGGAACUCCAACCGAGAGAAUCGAGCGAAGCUCGUUAAUAGUGAGAUAAUAACGAGACGCUUAGAGGAAUCGUUCGCGUCGCGUCUGGGUCGCGUGUCUAGAAAUUGCUUGCAAUUAGAAAUUCAUUAGAAACGGUUCAGGUAUCGCCUAUGUUCUCCUUACGUCGCGAUAAAACUAACAAUAUCGCAAUUUUUACGAGUGUGGCGCUUCCGUCGUUAGUCCUUCAUUAUACUUUUGACUGAACUACUAAAAAUGAACUUUUCCAGUUUCGGACGCGUUCGAUUUCUUAAUCUAUUAAAUAAGAACUACUCUAGAUUUGGAGUAAUCAUCUUGGAAGAAAAGAAAAAGCGGCUACUGUCCGCUCCAGUUUUGGGGCCGAGAGAAAUCGUUGCGAAACCAGUAUUUCGAACAACAAAAUCCAAGAGACAACUCGGGAGGAACAAAUAUUCCUAACGUCGAUUGCUUCGUGACCACGAACGUACAUCCGGAAUCAUUUAUGUUCUCGCGCGAAACUCGACGUUUCCCCAAAAGUUAGGAGAAGAAUCUGGAGCAAGAGGCAUAGCCUUGGCGCAUAACCUUGCUCCGUGAACUUCGACGUCACGGUUGAAAGUACAACGGGUACUCGUACGUGCUCAAAGAAGCGAAGAAGUCGGAGAAGUCACGGCCCGUUAAGAUCGGAUCGCAGGCUCGAUCACUUUCUCCGACCGAUGGCCUGGCCGAGGACAACCAAGGAGGAAGAGAUAAAAGAGGAAAAGGGGGAAGAAAUAAGGAAGAAGAAAAGAAGAAAAAAACGAAUGGAUAGAUACAAAAAUAUCGAGAGCAGGUGGACCGAGAAAAAAGAAAAAGGAAGGAGAGUUCGAUCGCCCUCGUAAUCAAGACCAAUACAAGCAUGGACAGAGUCAGGUACACUAGCGGAAUCGACGCGCUGAGGACGGUGAGGCUCGAGAAUAUCUUUUUCUCCACCCAGGUGAGUCCACCUCCACCUCCACCGUACUUAACCAACAGCCCCACCGCGUCUCCAAUCGCCACAACUUUCCGCUUUGGCUCCUUCCUUCUGUCCCCGGGGGAGGAUACGCGCCUAUAUAACUACGGCGUUCCACUGAUUGGACGAAGUAAGCCACGUUUUCCAGCGUCUAGGGAAGAAGAGAACGCAGCCCGAGUCCAACGGGCGGCACUCCAAGAAAUAUGAGGAUUCGCCCGGGAUGCGCGACUGCACUAGCAGUGCUACUGCAGAUCGUUCUUGCGGCGGGCAAGGCUUUGGAGCAAACGCAGCAAAUACAGCUACAAGUGCAACAGCAACGGCAACAACAACCGCAGCAAGUCCCGUACGGUACAGCGGCUGAGAAACGAUUGGCCGAUUGGAACGGAGAUGCCGGGGGUCACUAUGGCGGGGAUGAUUACGGUGGUAGUUUAGCCGGUGGAGAUUACGGUGGAGAUGUCGGAGGUGGCGGAGACGACGUUGGGGGAGCGAUCGAGGAACACCACGUGCAAGAACAUCACGACGAUCAUCACGAUCCUGGUUACUGGAAAAAGAAAAUGAUUUGGAAACCAGGCUGGAAGAAAAUUUGGAAACCGGCUCAAAAACAAAUUUGGAAACCUGCGUGGAAGAAGAUUUGGAAGCCUGUUUGGGAGCCGACGAAGAAGGCCGUUUGGAAGGAAAUCCAAGUACCAGCCUGGAAAAAGAUUUGGAAGCCCGUUUGGAAGGAGAUACAGGUGCCAGUGUGGAAGGAAAUUCAAGUACCUGCGUGGAAAAAAAUUUGGAAGCCCGUAUGGGUACCCAUAAAAGUUCCAGCUUGGAAAGAGAUUCAAGUGCCCGAUUGGAAGAAGGUUUGGAAGCCCGUGUGGAAGGAGAUACAGGUUCCAGCUUGGAAGGAAAUUCAAGUACCGGCGUGGAAGAAACUUUGGAUACCGGAAUGGGUGAAGGUCGGUAUACCCGGUGAACAUUAUCACGGUACGGACCACCACGGCUGGCAAUAUACCAGUCACGAUUUGUGGAAAAAGAAACUGAUCUGGAAGCCGGUGUGGAAAAAAUAUUGGAAACCGGCGAAGAAACAAAUAUGGAUACCGGAUAAGAAACUCGAGUGGAAGGAAGCGUGGAAGCAGAUCUGGCGACCUGCCAAGAAACAAAUCUGGGUCGAGGACAAGAAACUGACGUGGAAGGAAGAAUGGAAACAAGUAUGGAAGCCGGACAAGAAGUUGAUUUGGGUGCCGGACAAGAAGUUGGAGUGGAAGGAAGCAUGGAAACAGAUUUGGAAAACGGAGAAGAAACUCGAAUGGAUACCGGACAAGAAAUUAGCUUGGAAAGAGGCAUGGAAGCAGAUUUGGGUACCGGCCUGGAAAGAAAUUUGGGUUCCCGCCUGGAAGAAGAUAUGGAAACCGGUAUGGAUAUCGGAGUGGUUCCCUAACGAGGAUCAUCAUCAUCAUCAUCAGGGAUGGGCCGAUCGAAAGGACAGCCAAGGACAGAACGCGCAACCAGUCCCGCUUAGUCCCGAGUUCGCAGGAAAUCAAAAUAAGAGCGAGCAGCAACGGCUGGUCGAGAGGAAUCAAGUCAGGUGGAACAGAUCGUUCGAAGGAGAUGUAAAGUCACCCGCGGAAAGCUUGCUACCACCUCCAGUUCCAACGUCGAAUCAAAACGCCGCCCCUUCCAACUUUACCUUCCGCACCCGUUGAUCCGUUUUGAGAGCUCUGAUGCGGACGCACCGACUCUCGAUACCUGUACAAAUAUUUCGCUCUAAGAAUAUUGUAACAUACGUCCUUGUGUAUAUAUUAUCUUAAUAAGCUCAAUGUAAGCUCAAGAUAUCCCUUCGAGGUACUUCAUCUUGUUUCGACGCUUCAGGGAAUCUUAUCGCUCUUAUCGUUCUUUUUCUUUCUUUUUAUACCAAUUUCCUUGUUGUAUUAUCGUUUUUCUUAGUUUCUUUUUUCUUUGUUAAUU